AUGAGAUCUUUGGGUAUUAAUUUUUUCCUUACGAGGCGAAAAGGCUUUGCACCAAAUAAUAGCGAUUUCUGUCUAAAUAUGCCAAAUGCCUUAACCAUUACUGCUUGGGCAACGAAGCAAGCAAUAAAUCUAUCUAUCUAUCUAUCUAUCUAUCUAUCUAUCUAUCUAUCUAUCUUAUCAUUGCGUAUGUAUGUAUCUAUCUAUCUAUCUAUCUAUCUAUCUAUCUAUCUAACUCAGUCUCUUCGAAUCUAUCUAUCUAUCUAUCUAUCUAUCUAUCUAUCUAUCUAUCUAUCUAUCUAUCUAUCUAACUCAGUCUCUUCGAAUCUAUCUAUCUAUCUAUCACAGUUUUUUGUUUAUUAUCUAUCUUUCUAUCUAUCUAUAUUAGUCAUUGCGUAUCUAUCUAUCUAUCUAUCUAUCUAUCAAUCUAUCUAUCUAUCUAUCUAUCUAAAUCUAAAGUUUUUUUUCUCUCACUCUUUUUCUCUCUCUCUCUCUCUUUCUCCCUCUCUCUUUCUCCCUCUCUCUUUCUCUUUCUCUCUUUCUCUCUUUCUUUCUCUUUCUCUCUCUCUCUCUCUCUUUCUCUCUAUCUUUCUUUCUUUCUCUCUUUCACUUUCCUUACUUUCUCUCUCUCUCUCUUUCUCUCCCUCUUUCACGCUUUUUCUCUUUCACUUUCUCUUUCUCUCUCUCUUACUCUCUCUAUUUCAUUCGAUCUUCCUUCCUAAGUUCCGUUCAUCUUAUUUUCCUUACUUUCUUUUGAUCAUUUCUUUCCUUAUCCUUUCCCUCUUGCAGAAUUUGGUUUUUUAUUUUUGUCUAAUCUCUUUCAUUUUUUUUUCAAUCUUUCAUUCUUUCUUAAUUUUUUCCUCAUUCAUUCUUUCUUUAAUUCAAUUCUUUAUUCUUACUCUUUCCUUUAUUCAAUCAUUCAUUUUUAUAACAUUUUUCCGUUCUUUCAUUUCGUCUUUACAUUUUCAUUCACCUAUUUUGACAGUCAGCUGUCAGUUUUUCUUUUUCCUUUUCCCGCCAUUUGUUAUUUGUAUCUUCAUCGCAGUUUUUCUGAGCAAUUUCAUUUUUCUUUUCUUUCAUUCUUUCUUUCUUUCUAUUUCAUUCUUUCUUUCUAUUUUUCUAUCCUUUGUUACUUGUUUAGUGUUUCGCUUUUCAUUGACCAUUUCCUUUUAA